ACAAGACACAGAUAGUAUACAAGGAGUUACACAAUCAUACAGUCAGAGGGCCUGACAUCAUUCCAUUAUUUUGACAGACAACAAUGUGUCAAUACCAGGCCAGGAUUUGCUUGUAUCGUGGGUUCCCUCUAGUGGAAUCUAUGAAGCAUCACAGCUUAUGUAUUUUAUUUUAGUAUUAUGUAUUCACUCAUGUUCUGUUUAUCUCCACAGUCACAAUGGUGUUGUUUCUGAUUGCAACUACAAUAACCUUGACUAACUCCUCUCAUGAGAACCAGACUUCAGGUAACUGACUUCCGUACGAAUAGUGAAUUAAACAGAACAAUCAGCAUAAAUUAACUUGAUCAUAGCUUUAAACAAUUGGUAGACCAAUAGCUCAAUUAUCUAUUAAAAUGGUUACAUGUGGCUAUGUAAAUAUUGACAACACUUGUUGUAUAUGUAGUAUACAAAAUAAUGUGUGUAUCUUUGUUUCCCAGAAAACCCCACCUCCCAGGGUGCCCAUGUUCUUCCCUCUACGCUGAUCUCUCUUCUUCUCAUCUUCAUCGUUCUCCUGACAGUAUACUUCCUAAGGUAACAAAAAACACUGGAUGGCUUCACCCCACCCCCACCGUUUUCUUAUAUCAUCAGCCCAGCCUACCCCCACUCUGUAUGUGUGUGUGUGUGUGUGUGUGUGUGUGUGUGUUCCAACAGCUGCUUUACUAGUAAAACAGAAAACAAAUGGCUAGCUGGGUCAUAUCAGACCAUGCUCUCACCCAUUCACUCACUCAUUCUGUUAACUCCUCUCUCAGUGGUGAGGAUACUAUCUGCUUCUCAUGAGAAAGAACAGCUUUCAGUUCAGAUGGUGGGUUUCUAUUUCUACUGACUUGUUGAGCUGUAAUAUUAUUUUUCUGAGGUUAUGGUUGGAUAACGUGUUUUGUUUCGUUUCCUUCCGUCUCUCACCCUCUGGUUAGGUUUAGAAACCACAGGAAGGCUCUUGUCUCUCAGAAGAAUCCAAAUGGAUUCUUGGAAGAUCAAGGUAUGUCUCAACUUCAUUAUGUUGCACUUUUCCACGUACAUCUUAUGUAUACAAUAUUUCAUUUGAACCAUUGAGUAUGUGUUGUGGGAUGUGAUGCAAGCCUUAAGUUGUGUGUGUACAAUAGUCCUUCUUGAAUUUCCUUACUGAUUGAAUCUGUGCUCUUGAUAAGUCAUCACAAUCAAAACAGAAAGUCAAGUCUAUUUUGUAGAGAUAUAUUACUGUUGGCGUAUGCUGGUAUUGAGAGCUGUCAAGAUAUGAACCAACAAGUCUAAAUACACUGCUCAAAAAAAUUAAGGGAACACUUAAACAACACAAUAUAACUCAAAGUCAAUCACACUUCUGUGAAAUCAAACUGUCCACUUAGGAAGCAACACUGAUUGACAAUAAAUGUCACAUGCUGUUGUGCAAAUGGAAUAGACAACAGGUGGAAAUUAUAGGCAAUUAGCAAGACACCCCCAAUAAAGGAGUGGUUCUGCAGGUGGUGACCACAGACCACUUCUCAGUUCCUAUGCUUCCUGGCUGAUGUUUUGGUCACUUUUGAAUGCUGGCGGUGCUUUCACUCUAGUGGUAGCAUGAGACGGAGUCUACAACCCACACAAGUGGCUCAGGUAGUGCAGCUCAUCCAGGAUGGCACAUCAAUGCGAGCUGUGGCAAGAAGGUUUGCUGUGUCUGUCAGCGUAGUGUCCAGAGCAUGGAGGCGCUACCAGGAGACAGGCCAGUACAUCAGGAGAUGUGGAGGAGGCCGUAGGAGGGCAACAACCCAGCAGCAGGACCGCUACCUCCGCCUUUGUGCAAGGAGGAGCAGGAGGAGCACUGCCAGAGCCCUGCAAAAUGACCUCCAGCAGGCCACAAAUGUGCAUGUGUCUGCUCAAAUGGUCAGAAACAGGCUCCAUGAGGGUGGUACGAGGGCCCGACGUCCACAGGUGGGGGUUGUGCUUACACCCCAACACCGUGCAGGACGUUUGGCAUUUGCCAGAGAACACCAAGAUUGGCAAAUUCGCCACUGGCGCCCUGUGCUCUUCACAGAUGAAAGCAGGUUCACACUGAGCACAUGUGACAGAAGUGACAGAGUCUGGAGACGCCGUGGAGAACGUUCUGCUGCCUGCAACAUCCUCCAGCAUGACCGGUUUGGCGGUGGGUCAGUCAUGGUGUGGGGUGGCAUUUCUUUGGGGGGCAGCACAGCCCUCCAUGUGCUCGCCAGAGGUAGCCUGACUGCCAUUAGGUACCGAGAUGAGAUCCUCAGACCCCUUGUGAGACCAUAUGCUGGUGCGGUUGGCCCUGGGUUCCUCCUAAUGCAAGACAAUGCUAGACCUCAUGUGGCUGGAGUGUGUCAGCAGUUCCUGCAAGAGGAAGGCAUUGAUGCUAUGGACCGCCCGUUCCCCAGACCUGAAUCCAAUUGAGCACAUCUGGGACAUCAUGUCUCGCUCCAUCCACCAACGCCACAUUGCACCACAGACUGUCCAGGAGUUGGCGGAUGCUUUAGUCCAGGUCUGGGAGGAGAUCCCUCAGGAGACCAUCCGCCACCUCAUCAGGAGCAUGCCCAGGCGUUGUAGGGAGGUCAUACAGGCACGUGGAGGCCACACACACUACUGAGCCUCAUUUUGACUUGUUUUAAGGACAUUACAUCAAAGUUGGAUCAGCCUGUAGUGUGGUUUUCCACUUUAAUUUUGAGGGUGACUCCAAAUCCAGACCUCCGUGGGUUGAUACAUUUGAUUUCCAUUGAUAAUUUUUGUGUGAUUUUGUUGUCAGCACAUUCAACUAUGUAAAGAAAAAAGUAUUUAAUAAGAUUAUUUCAUUCAUUCAGAUCUAGGAUGUGUUAUUUUAGUGUUCCCUUCAUUUUUUGGAGCAGUGUAAUAAUAAGGUUCACAGUCUACAUUGCCACAGUUAAAGCAGAAUUCCUUGUAACUUUCUAACCUUGUAAUUCAUGUAACUUUCACAUGUAAAGUAAAAUGUUGAGUAAGUGAAGUUUGAGUGAAGAGUUGAAGACCCCAGAGUUGUUUAUAUACAUCUCUUGUAUGAGGUCACCCUCCUUAUUGUCACCUCAUCAUUUUGUAUAUUUUAGUCAUUUAGCAGAUGCUCUUAUCCAGAGCGACUUACAGUAGUCACCUGCGUGUGACGAGGUGAUCUGGUUCUGUCUCUAAAAAGAAAGAGGCAGAACUUUAUUUAAUUAUUUCACAAUUCUUGGAUUGAAUGUAAAAACAUUGACGUUCCAAUGUUUUUGUUUCACACAGGAGAACAGACAGUGGUCCUCCUCCCACGAUCCCCCUCUCCAUCCAAGAGGUACUUCCCCAUCCCCCUGGACUCGCUGGAGGACGAGUUCCGAAUACGCUCGGCAGACGACUGCAAGCUUUUCAGAGAGGAGUUCAAUGUAGGCUCCUUUUCAUACAACACAUAGUGCUCACAGUAGUAGUGUGAUACCUUCAUUUGUAAACGCUAAUAAUGUAAUGUAGAGUUUAUACUUCUUUAUGCUGUUACAUUUUAUGCUGCAUGUAUGAAGGCUUCAUGAAUGGCUUCAUAGUUUGACCCCCUGUGCUUGUGUAGUCACUGCCCUGUGGGUACCACCACGGCUCUUUUGAGGAGGCUAGCAGGGAGAUCAACAGGGACAAGAACAGAUAUCCAAACAUCCUACCAUGUGAGUGAUGGAAUUGUUAAAGGAAUACAUUUUGCAACCAUUAAACCCACUUUUCAACUUCCGAUUCAUUAUCUAAAAAACAUAUGUGAAAGCGGCGCGUUUCUAUGGUAUCUGUGGUUAAAAAGAUAAGAAGAAAGCUUCAAAAAAAAUAUUAUCUGUGACAUCACGUGGUAGGAUUAAAAGUAAGAAAAACAGUGCAAUGAAUUUCUAGCCAGCAGGUAGAACCUUUUAACUUCAUAUUUUGUUCUACAAAACGUUGAAAUGCGCCAUUUUCACAUAUGUAGACACUGGUAUUGUGCUGGAGAUAAUGAAAAGGAGGUUGAAAUGGGGUGGACUUUCCCUUUAAGAGUAGCUUGAACUUCAUUUAGAUAAAGCAGUUUGAUAACAUAAUGAAAUAAUUGUAAAUAGGUAUACUUAUUUUCCUAGUACAAUUUUGUCUCUUUUUUACAUUUUCAACAGAUGACCAUUCCAGAGUGUUGUUAACUCAAAUAGAUGGGCAUUCUUGUACGGACUACAUAAAUGCCUCAUACAUAGAUGUGAGUUGUUGAUAUUUACUAUGUAUUUUGUUGCGUCUCAUUAUGGAUUAUUUCAAUGCAUCUAGUAUAACUUCCUUUCUCACUACGGUCUAAUAAACUUGCCAAAACACAUUUUCUUUUUCACCAGGGUUAUAAAGAGAAGAACAAAUUCAUUGCAGCUCAAGGUGAAUAUAACUUUGUACAACCAUUUUGUGCAAAAUACUGUACUACUAGAGGAUUACUGAUUUGAAAUAAACUCCUUUAUGUAAGCAUAUCGUUUUUCUAGCACCAUAGGCCUACUGUAUGUCCACUUACAUCUGCGUAGUAAGUGUCACUCUCUCUUUUCCAUAGGCCCAAUGCAUGACACUGUGGCAGACUUCUGGCGGAUGGUUUGGGAACAGAAGACUGCUACUAUAGUGAUGCUCACUAACCUGAAAGAGAGAAAAGAGGUGAGUUUCUCUUCUCUCACUUUGGCUGCUCCAUUAUCUACUUAUACAACCAGUAAAGAAUGUCUUCAGAUUUGCUAAUGGGAUCUCAUGUGGAAUGAUUUGACCGUUCAACAUCCUUAGAUGUUCUUAAGAGCCUUUGCUAGGGUCUUUCUUGUCUUCUCACACCUCAAGGUCAUGAAUAUAAUUGAUUUGACCCUUUCCUAACUUUCCCAAUCCAUACAAUGUGUCACCCCACAUUACUUGGCAUCACAUUUUAUUGAACCUCAAGGGGCUGAUCAAUAAAGAACAAAACAGAGGGUUUAGCUGCACUAAACAGAGAUGGGGGAUCAAUAACUAAAUCAUUGUUGAUAAAGUUGUCCAAGGCUUGAUUAUAAUUAGUCUGAGACUCUCAUUAACGGUCUAGAAGAUUGGAGUGAUGAACUUAUUGACUGACAGACAAUCACCAAUGUCACAUCUAUCACCUAUAAAUAGAGGUUCUAGUCAGUAAUAUGAAUUCCCAUAAAAGUCUCUGCCAUUCACAUUGGUGAACUAUAGUUUGUAUUUUUUUUGCUCCGCUGAAUGUCCAUUUUGCCUCUUUUCAGGACAAGUGUUACCAGUACUGGCCAGACCAGGGCUGUUGGAUGUAUGGGAACGUGAGGGUGGCAGUGGAGGACUUUACUGUACUGGUGGACUACACCAUCCGCAAGUUCUGUGUACAAUAUGUAAGUAUCAUUGUAUGUGCCUACAUGACAACCCUGCACAGGAUCCCUCACUUUCAAAUACAUGAUGUGAGAAACCAUGUGACAUUUACAGUAUAUUUUCUAAAUGAUUGAUGUUUUUCCUGUUGUUGUAAACAGCAGGGGAGUGAUGGCCCAAGGGCCCCCCGCUUGGUCACCCAGCUCCACUUCACCAGCUGGCCAGACUUUGGAGUGCCCUUCUCCCCUAUCGGCAUGCUUAAGUUCCUCAAGAAGGUGAAGACAGUCAACCCGUCCUAUGCAGGAUCCAUCGUGGUGCACUGCAGGUACUGAACCAGGAGAGGAGACUGGGGAUUCUAACUGGAAAUUCAUGUCUACAAGCUGUGAUCAAUGAAGGCUAUAGUAGUUAAUUUAGUACCUUAUGACAUGUAUAACUUAACACAAUCAUAGUGUCAAAUAGUUUACCUAUCGUGGUCUCUAGAAAAAUAUGCCAACCCUCUUCCUUUUAUUUUGUAUUGGUAUGGCUGGACUUUCAAUGCGUGUGUCAUGUAAUAUGAAACCACCACACCACUGAAGUCAGAGACUUGCAGAAACAACUGUUGAAGCAGGUGUUGGCAUUGGGGCUUUGCUUUCUGAAUGGGCCUCAUUGAUUGGUCUCCAACACCCUAAGCUGGCAUCCCAGACUGCUGUCUGUGUCACUGGCCCUUAAAACACUAUGGAUCUUGUUGGCUUGUGGACAUGUAGCAAUUUAGAAUAUUGCUUGUAGAUGUAGCAAUUUAGAAUAUCACUUGUGGACAUGUUGCAAUUUAGCAUGUUUUAUGCUAUAUCACAAUCAACAUUCCUGUGGCAAACUCGGUGCAUUUGAUUUGAAUUGAAUCAUCUAACUUUCCUCAGAGGUCUAUGACAAUGUAAGGCUCACUCUUCUCUCCUGUCCCUUGUCUUUCCCCAGUGCUGGGGUAGGGAGGACUGGGACGUUCAUCGUCAUAGACGGCAUGAUUGACAUGAUGCAUGUAGAGCAGAGGCUGGAUGUCUUUGGGUUUGUGACCAGAAUACGGGAGCAGCGCUCUCAACUCGUCCAGACCGAUGUAAGUGUUCCCUGACAGUUCAAUAUGUUACUGCAGCACAAAAAAGCAAAGAUGCCGCAUUUACCCCAUCUCUCUCUCUGUCUCUCUUUUAGAUGCAGUACUCGUUCAUCUACCAGGCUCUGUUGGAGUAUUAUAUGUAUGGGGACACAGAGCUGGAUGUGUCCUCUCUGGAAGGCCACCUGCAGAAACUCCACAACACCAGAACACCCCUGGACAGGCUGGGCCUAGAGGAAGAGUUCAGAGUAAGUCCCAGUCACACAAUUUUCUCUCCUUUCCUAAGUUGUCUCACAGUUAUAGUUACAUUCAAAAAUCCUCUCCUCAGAAACUGACCAAUGUACGCAUAAUGAAGGAGAACAUGAGGACUGGAAACCUUCCUGCAAACAUGAAGAAGAACCGUGUGCUUCAGAUCAUUCCAUGUAAGGAAUACUCUGACACUCUUAACUGUUCAAUAAUACAUCACAAACCUACCACCAUCAAACUCUUAGUGUUGUAUUGAUGCUUGAUAUGAAUACGUCUUAGACCUAGGAACUUUGCCAAGUUACAUCUCUGAUGGAGUUUUACUUUUGGUAUGAAUUUACUGUAGUUAAAUGACACUAAUGACACAAGUAAUUGAUCUAUUGUUGGAAAUAAAGUAAGUUGUUAAGUGAUUUGCUUGAACACAGAUGACUUCAACCGGGUUAUAUUAUCAAUGAAAAGGGGCCAAGAGUUCACGGACUACAUCAAUGCAUCAUUUAUUGAUGUAAGUAUUUACUGAGCACAUUUAAUACUUUUAAGUUCUAACUUUCUCCCUUUAUGUAAGUAUAUGAUGCGCUAAACAGUAUGUUCUUUUCUAGGGCUACAGACAGAAGGACUACUUCAUCGCUACCCAGGGUCCCCUGUCCCACACAGUGGAGGACUUCUGGAGGAUGGUGUGGGAGUACAGGUGUCACUCUAUCGUCAUGCUCACUGAACUCAAGGAGAGGGAACAGGUACGUACCCCACUGUGGCAAGAGCUAACUGCAACCUAAUCAUUAAAAGCUGCACUUUACUUUAGCAACGGUCAUAAAAAUUGUUAAAAGAUUUAAAAUACAAUUCUGAUAAAUGCAACAGUUGGAUACUGGAUGAAGAUACUCCAAACUUUUUGAAUUUUUAAAAUCCAUCAGAUGUUGACAGAAAUAUAGCACAUAAAACAUUGUACUGACACAGACAAAUAAUGAAUGUUCAGGCAUUUUGGUAGGAAUUCAGGUAUUAAAUGUAUUGUAAAAUGUCAAAUGUUUUCUUCUUCUAAUGCACUCAUAUACACACAUUUUCUUAGUAUAUCAGUUUUUUUUUGUUUGCCUCAUUUGCAUAUACAUUGAGUAUACCAAACAUUAGAAACACCUUCCUAAUAUUGAGUUGCACCCCCGAUUUUGCCCUCAGAACAGCCUCAAUUCAUCGGGUAUUGGACUCUACAAGGUGUCGAAAGCGUUCCCCAGGGAUGCUGGUCCAUGUUGACUCCAAUACUUCCCACAGUUGUGUCAAGUUGGCUGGAUGUCUUUUGGGUGGACUGUUGAGCGUGAAAAACCCAGCAGCUUUGCAGUUCUUGACACAAACCGGUGUAUCUUGCACCUACUACCAUACCCCGUUCAAAGGCACUUAAAUAUUUUGUAUUGCCUGUUCACACUCUGAAUGGCACACAUACACAAUCCGUGUCUCAAUUCUUAGAAAUCCUUCUUUAACCUGUCUCCUCCCCUUCAUCUACACUGAUUUGAAGUGGAUUUAACAAGUGACAUCAAUAAGGGAUAAUAGCUUUCACCUGGUCAGUCUAUGUCAUGGAAAGAGCAGGUAUUCCUAAUGUUUUGUACACUCAAUGCAUAUUCCCACACUGUAAAAUUAUGAAAAUGAUGAUAAUGCCCUUUUAGUGUAAGAGCUGUUUGAAAAGAACACCAGAAAUGUCAGUCUGUUUUGGUGGGAUGACAUCAUGGUGGUACAUUAGUUAAUAGACCAAUAAGAAAGAGGGUUCCAAACCUCUCUGCCAAUAACAGCUAGUUUUCAGUUUUCCCUUCCCCACUCAGACCACUCCCAGACAGUCAGUCCUAGCAAAAUUCUUGCUUGAGAAAUUGCUCUUUGUUAAGAAGCUAUUUGUGUUUCCUUUUUACCAUUUUAAUUGAAAACAAUCACAUUAAGGUGCUUAAUUGUUAACCAGAAAUAAUUUGAUAUUGCGGAAAAAAAUGGCUGCGUUGCCUUCAAUUUGAAUUAAUCCCAGCCCUGGUAUAGCAAGCUGGACAGAAUGACUGUAUAAAUGUAAGUCCAUUACCUUUUCUUUUAAACCAUUAUCUACACAGUUUCGAUGUGUUAUUAGUCAUUUCAAUGUAUAUUGAGGUCGUUUUUCCCACCCGUGGGCCGUAUGUUUGAUACACUUGCCUUACAUCAAUCUGUCACUUUCCCUAGGACAAGUGUUUCCAGUACUGGCCAGCAGAGGGCACUGUGACAUUUGGAGACUACACUUUGGAGCUGAAGGGGGAUGCCCUAUGUGACACUUUCACUCUAAAGGACAUGGUGCUCACAUAUGGACCAGUGAGUUUCCUAAACAAGCAUUUACAUGACCUACCUGAUAUAUAUUUUAUAUAUAUUCUUUGUGAUGUAAGUCAUUUUUGUCCUUGUGGAUGACUGGAUUUGGUCCUGUAAUCAAUGGCAUUCUGUUAUCUCAAUUUGUGUCUUAUCUUGAAGUGAACUAUGUCAAGAUUAUGUUAUGUUUAUUUUUCAUUAUCAGGUAUGCUAAUGUAUGUAAUGAUGAAACACAUAUGUUUCCCAUCACCAGGAAAAGCAGUCACGGCACGUCAGGCACUUUCAUUUCCACGGCUGGCCUGAGAUCGGAAUACCGGCAGAGGGAAAGGGAAUGAUCGACAUCAUUGCUUCAGUGCAGAGACAGCAACACCAGUCUGGAAACCACCCUAUCAUAGUACACUGCAGGUAAGGAACAGGUACUGUAUACACAAACCCAAUCUGGGAGCCAAAAAACACUCCCAUUACUCGUUCAACUGACCUUUUUUUCUGACAUAAAAUAUUAGGAUCAUACCAAACACAAAAUUAUAUUUCAAAGAAUAUAGAUUACUUUUGAUAUUUUUGGCACUCUGAAAUAUCGGUUUCAAUACACUAUACAUUUAGCCUUUGUAGACUAUGUUCUACAGCCCAACUCUUUGUAAAGACUUUGCUGUGAAUGCUCUGAUCAGAACGUACGUAGCUCUAGGUGAAGUACUUCUAAUGCAGCACGGCCCGCUGGGAUUGAUCCAAUCCACUGAUUCACAGUCAAUUAAAACCUCUCAAAGUGAAAUCUCCUACGACUCCUGCUUUGAUUAAUCUGAUAGAAUGAACUAACGACAGGAAAUGGUGUCUUCACUCUCUUAUAUUCCUUUAUCAGGGCCUGUCUAAAUAGGGCCUUUUUAAAGCUUUUUCUCCUCUGCUGGGAAUGGGGGCUUGCCCAUUACAACCCCCCACUCUCCUCUCUCUCUCUCACCGGCAUUGUAAGCACUGACUCAAUCACUGACUCAAUCCAAAGAGAGUGAGAGCGCUACCAGACGCGUUAGCGUUAUUAGUACUAUUAGUCAAAGGUCACCUUUUCUUCAGCUAAUUGUUUUCAAUACAAAUGGGAAAGCCUGGGGUAAGCUGUAGGAUUCGCAGUAUAGCCCUAUGGCUAGAGAAAUGGGAGUCUAGGAAGCUGUAGAUCCAUGACCUCUACUGUUAGAGAUCUCUCCUAUCAACCACUAACAAGACAACUUACCUGUGUUGUUGAGCACUAAGGAAAUCCAGCACUUUAAAAGACAUCGGCAUGACGGCGAACUGGUAGACCCCUGACAGUGUACGUCAUGUAGUAUACUCCCUUGACUCACGUUCAGUUCUAAGCACAUAUUCAAGGCCCUCUAAUGGUAGUUACUGGGCUUUAGAGCAAACUUAUCUGUGGCUGUAGAUGCUGAUGGUUCUGUCCUGGGUUUAUUUCUCAGUGCUGGUGCGGGUCGGACCGGGACAUUCAUCGCCCUGAGUAACAUUCUGGAGCGGGUGAAAGCAGAGGGCCUACUGGAUGUGUUUCAGACAGUCAAGAGCUUACGCAUGAAGAGACCACACAUGGUUCAGACUGUGGUAGGUAUUACAUAUUGUAGUAUUAACACAUUGUUUAUCAUGGUAGGAUACCAUUUCAUCAUAGAGAUUUAAUGGAUGAUGGUAGCCUACAUUAUUGAAAAGAGAUAGAGGUGAAAUACAUUCAGAUUAUCUUCAAAAGAUUGACGAUGAUGCUUUGUUAAAAUAUUGAUUUGCCAACUGUAUUUUAAGUGAUUUAUGGUCAUGUUGUGUGUUAUGUUUGUCAUUUCAGGAACAAUAUGACUUCUGCUACAGAGUGGUUCAAGAUUUUGUUGACAUUUUCUCAGACUAUGCCAAUUUCAAAUGA